CGCCGGGCUAAAGGUGUCGCCCGGCCUGGCCUGUGCCUCCAUCCAUCCCUUUUGUUCUCCGUUCCCGGUCCGCGUUUUCUCCACCCCAGCCUCAUCUUUCUUCUUCUUCCUUCCUCUCUCUCAUUCUCUGCGUCUGUCCUCUCACCGCACCGCACCCGCUCACGCCACACCCACCGACGAACACGAUCAUGCCCGCCCCCAGCACCGCGCGGAGACAAACGAUCCUACCGCUGCUGCUGAGCCUCGCCGCACUCCUGAAUGGCGCACACGCUCACGUCGCCGCGUGGCACAAAGGGAUGUACUGCCUGAACGGCACGCAGCCGGGCGUCGACGACCAGAACACGAACGACAUCGUGAACCCGCUGUUCAACCUGACGAAGACGGACUGGUGGUUCCAUCAUUACGACGGGUGCGAUCAGCUCCCGCCCGCGGACGGCGACUUCCUCGAUCUACCCGCGAACGGCGAAUUCACCGUCGAGCUGGCCGUCAACCGCGCGUUCACGACUCUCUCGUUCGGCGGCGCCAAUGUCGGGGUGUUCCCCGACGGACAGAACUACACGAACGGACUGGGCGGGUUAGACUGCAUUUCCGAUCCCAAUAUACAUACACAGAACCAGAGCAUGGCUGCGGGCUCAGCUUUUGCUAUCUCCUAUACUUCUAAUCUCCAAGAUGUCACGCCAGAGAAUCUAGUGGUGUUUACGACCCUAUAUCAUACGCCUUGGCACCGUCUUGCGACCUACCAGGUACCCAAUCUCCCCGCGUGUCCCGACGCCGGGUGCAUGUGCGCUGUGCGUCGCAUUUCUCGUCUUUGGUCCCAUAUACGCCGACUGAAAACGCGCAGUGGGGCUGGGUCCCAAACGGGUGUGGAGAACCGAACAUCUACAUGCAAGGCACGUCGCCCAUCUAUACCCAAUGGACCUCUGAUUAAUUACACGCUACGAACAAACGCAGGAUUUCGCUGCCGAGUGACGGGCAGCACCGGCAGCGCGGCCGUAGCGCCCGGUAUCCCCGCGACGUGGUGCCAGGACAACCCGGGCAACUGCACUUCGGGCGCACGGCAGAUGAUAUACUGGAACCAGCUCGACGGCAACAACAUCGAGGUGGACGGACUCGAUCUGGCGGGCCAGCCGCGCAGUCCGGCGUACAACCAGGUGCUGGGUUUCGUCGAGGGCCGACAGACGGAUAUCUUCCUCAAGGAUGGGACGGCGAGUCCGACGUCCGUGGCAGGUGGAGCGACUCCAACACUCACUGGGGAGCCGGCGGGGCCUACGCAGGGGGGUGGUGCGUAUUCGACGUAUGGGGCGAUGACGAGCCAGUUGUGGUGGUUUAUGCUCGGCGUUGCCUUCGUCGGAUAUGUGUGUCUGUAGAUCUGAAUUCUCGAUCGCCUUGUCCGUGUGCUGAUUCUCCCCUGUGAAAUAUCCGCGCUAGGCUCGACGAGACCGCCCAGCCACACCCGGAUGACGCACCGUGCCAUCCGCGUUCACCCAGUACGCCUGCGGCACUUCGUCAGUCCCACCUCGCACUUGAUUCGCCGCCCUAUCCUCCCUGCGGUGCCGUGAGUGAGUCUUCGGCAGCGGCCCAGUCACCGGCUUGACUCGAGCCUCGAACUCAAAGUGGCAGCAAGCCCAGCCGUGCUCACGGCCCCCCACCGAGUCUUGCCGUGUGAUUGAUUGCCCGCUGAUGCGGGUCAGCCUCAGCACCGAUCCCGGGCCGCGGGAGAUCGCUGGGUCCCCAGAGGUGACGUUGACCUCUCUGCGCACGGCCGAUGUGACCUGGUAUAUUGAUAGCGUCUGAGCGGACUCGGGUACCGUGAUGCACAGAACGGCAGGGUAGAAGCCGGACCGGGUGCGUUCCUGCGUGUUGAUGGCAACUGUGAUGUAGAUGAUUUGGAAGACUGGUACUGGUCGACGACGAACGGCUUGUCGAGAUAGUUGAGGUACUGUUGAGACUUGAGCACCGACGCGUCGAUAAGCGCCCGGUCCGAGGCUGUGAUUCGCAAUUCGCAAACGGUUGAUCAGACCCAGGCUGGGCGUCCUCAGUGAAUAUUUUGCUCAUCUUUUUCAACCGCGAGCUGUCCCCCGAUGCGGCGCUCAAUUCGAGACCGUCGCCACUCUAGAAGCACGUGAUGCAGGAUGUCCACCUCUUCCCGUGGAUCCCAGAAGUUGACUUGUGCCCAAUACUCGACUUUCCGGAACACGGAGUGGAAUUCCAAGGUAGAUAUUUCGGGCGCAUGUACAUUUUACUGAGGGCCUGCGGUGUCUGAAUGAGGGAUGCGCGUGUUCGGAAUGGUGUGGCGAGGGUCCCCGGGGGCGUUGAGUGCCUGAGCGCGCGAGCCUGAUAAAGCAGGAAUAUGAGACCCGGGAAGAUUUCCACUGCAGGGGUUAUUUUUCACGGGCUGCGACUCAUGCGAGGUACCUGUGAGGCUGACCCGCCAGUCCCCCCAUGUUCACGUGAUUCUCAGUUGAGGUUCGCAGCGGGCCGCUGCUGUGGUAGACCGGAUAACUGCCAACUGGAGUGCGGACGUGCAGUAGAGUAGGAGGCCUGUUGUUGAGCUGUGGCGGUGCGCCCGAGUGCUG